UUAAAUUCCCAACAUCAUUUUUCAGUCCUACCCUCUCAAAUUUACCUAUAAAUAACACCACAUCUCACCUUCACUACACAACAUCAAACCCUUUGAAAAACCCUAAACAUCUUCAUUCACCCUACAAUCUCAAUGGCAAUCUCCAUUACUCGUUUGGUUUUCUUCGCAGUUCUCGUCUGCUCUUUCACCGGCAACAACAUGGUAUCUGCAGAAUGUGCAGGUGACAUGCAAGGCCUCUUGCAGGAAUGUGCAAGGUAUGUACAGAAGCCAGGCCCUAUGAUCCAACCCUCUGCUGGUUGUUGUGGUGUGGUCAAGAAUGUAGACUUGCCUUGUGUCUGCAGCCAUAUAACAACUGAGGUUGAGGGUGUUAUCAGCAUGGAGAAAGCGGCAUUCAUUGCUGGAGCUUGUGGUAAACCGCUCUCCCGUGGCACCCAUUGUGGAAGUUAUGUUGUUCAAGGAAACUAGACCAAGAAGAAGAGGAUCAGGUGGUAUGGUGGAAGAGAUUUGAAUAUUAAUGAAAACAAUGUAAAACAUGGUUUCUCUUGUACCGAAUAAAUAAAGUUAUGAUAACGUUCAUGUUUUGUUAUGUUUA